ACACAGCCGCCUUUUUCCACGCGCCCGUCUCCUCUGAAUUUAUCCUCCGCCUCUCUCUCUCUCUCUCUCUCUCUCUCUCCGCGUCUAGUCGUCUCCUGCUGCGAUCCUUUGCUCUGCUUCCUGCGCUUCGAAGCGCUUGGGGAUCCACAUCCUAGAGCGGAAUUCUCUCGCGCACUAGUCGCCCUUGGUUAAGGAGGGGAAUCCUAGAGCGCCGCCGGCACUUACCUUUGCGGCCCGCGGUUCGUGCUCCUAGGUGUCGUCUUGCACGGCAUGGUCUUGGCCUUGCCGGGAAAGGAGCGCGGGAAUGGUCGGUAGCGCGGGCAAGGUCGUGGUCAUCGUGGUCGCCGCCGGCGUGACCUCCGCGCUGCUCGCCGCGGCGUGCGUGUUCCUCGCCAUCUGGCUCUACCGGAGGCGGGCCAGCGUGGUCGCCGGGACGCGGACGCGGUCGCUGGAGUCCACCACGGCGACGCUGCGGGCCGGCUCCGUCGGCUUCGACUCCAGCGUGUCCAUCUCGGUGGCCUCCCAGAGCGUGGCCGACUGGGGCCAACACCCUCUCCCGGCGGCGAAGCGAGCCGCGUUCUGGGGCUGGCGAGGCGGCAACAACGGCAGAGACGCCCCGCAGCUGCUGUCCGUCUCCGGGAUCCCACAAUACCAUUACAAGGAUCUGCAGAAGGCUACCAACAAUUUCACUAUGAUUCUGGGGCAAGGAUCGUUUGGUCCUGUGUACAAGGCUGUAAUGCCCACCGGCGAAGUGGUAGCUGUAAAAGUGCUCGCCAGUGAUUCUACGCAAGGGGAAAGAGAGUUCCAGACAGAGGUAGUAUUGCUUAGUAGGCUGCAUCACAGAAAUCUUGUUAAUUUGGUCGGAUAUUGCGUGGAAAAAGGUCAACGCAUUCUGAUCUAUGAGUUCAUGAGCAACGGGAAUUUGGCAAGCCUUUUAUAUGGUGAUAAUAAACGGAGUUUGAGCUGGCAAGAAAGGCUACAAAUUGCUCACGAUGUCUCUCAUGGGAUUGAAUACCUACAUGAAGGGGCUGUCCCACCUGUUAUUCACCGAGACCUAAAGUCUGCUAAUAUACUCUUGGACCAAUCAAUGAGGGCCAAGGUUGCUGACUUUGGUCUAUCAAAGGAAGAAGUAUUCGAUGGGAGGAAAUCAGCCCUUAAGGGCACCUAUGGUUAUAUGGAUCCUGACUACAUGUCCACCAAUAAGUUCACAAAGAAGAGCGACGUGUAUAGCUUCGGCAUAAUACUUUUUGAACUCAUAACAGCCAUAAAUCCACAACAAGGUCUAAUGGAGUACAUUGACUUAGCAGCGAUUGGAGGAGAAGGAAAGGUAGACUGGGAAGAGAUCCUCGAUAAGAACCUCCUUGCCGGGAGCGUUGCAGAAGAGGCGAGGGUCCUUGCCGAUGUUGCGUACCGAUGCAUUAACAAAAGCCCCAGGAAGCGCCCCUGGAUAUCAGAGGUUACUCAGGCCAUAUCAAGGCUAAGACAGCGGCAGCUCAUGAAGCACGACACAACGGCUUUGCCGAGGAGUGAGACCAGGACGGUGCUGAGGAGGAUAGAGUACCAGCAUGUGGAGCUGAGCGAUCUUACCGGCCUCAAAGAACUCACGCCGAUGAGAGCCUGAACUAGAUCCCCCCUUUCAUAUUUGGUGAAAGCACCAAUUAGUUUUGGCCUUUGAAUGUCUCUAACUCGGGUUAAAUAGAUGUAAAUAAUCAAGUACUAGUAGGGUUUCGCAGGAUCGAUGGAGGUGACAUUAAACUGCAGGAUGACUAUUUUCACUCCAAA